AUGCCAUUCCCACCUCCACCACGUGAAGGGCUCGAUUGGAACGCAACAUCGGCGGAGAGCCAAGUGCAUGCACAUGUCGAGUGCCGAUGGACGAGCGAGAAAGGCGCUUGGUCCAAGCCCGAAGUUGUUCAGGAUCCUUUCCUGCGCGUCCACGGCUUGUCGCCUGUCUUUCACUAUGGCUCGGAGGCGUACGAAGGACUAAAAGCGUUCCGUGCCCCCGAUGGACAGAUCCAUAUCGUCAGGCCCGACUUCCACGCACGCCGUCUCAUGCACUCGUCGUCUCUGGUAUCCAUUCCUCCAGUCCCCAUUGACGACUUCCUGCGAUGCGUCCACCUGGCAGUGGGGAUCAAUGCCGACAUUGUCCCCCCGCACAAGUCCGAUGCGAUGCUGUACAUUCGGCCAGUCGUCUUUGGUUCGGGAGCCUGCCUUCGGCUGGAGCCACCCGGCGAGUUUGUCUUUUGCGUGUUCGUCACCACUUCGGGCGCCUUCCACGGCUUGAAGCCACUCGACGCAUUGAUCCUUGAAGAUUUUGACCGUGCCGCGCCAAUGGGGACUGGAUCAGGCAAAGUCGGCGGCAACUACUCGCCCGUCAUCCGCUGGAGCCAGCAGGCCAAGAAGGAGGGAUUCCAUAUCACCCUGCACUUGGACAGCAAGACCCGAAGCGAGAUUGAAGAGUUCUCGACAUCUGCAUUUGUUGGCGUCAAAGUCGUGGGGGAGGUCACGACACUCGUUGUCCCCGACUCCAAGAACGUCGUAAACAGCGUGACGUGCGACAGUGUUCAGCGAUUGGCCAAGUCUUUUGGGUGGACCGUGGAGCAAAGGGCGAUCAAAUACGAUGAGCUGCCAAGUUUUACCGAAGUGAUGGCCUGCGGAACGGCAGUCACCAUCGUUUCCAUCAAGUCAAUCACCCGAAAGAGCACAUCCGACAGAUUUGAAUACCGAGAAAGCACAUUGGCGGCUGGCUCUUGUGCAAAAAGACUCUCAGACAAGCUUCGCAGCAUUUACCAUGGCACGGGCAAGGACGAAUUUGGAUGGCUCAGCAAGGUGGAGAAGCCUGCCAUGUACGAUGAUAACGGGAAGACGAAUGGCGUUGAGUAG